GAUUCCACGUCUGCUACUUGCAGGAUACGUCGUGCCAGGAUUAUACAUCUAAAACCUACAGUAAAUAAAAAAAAAAAAAAACAUAGACAUGGCCGAAGCCCCUGAGACAGACGCCCCAGGACCGUCCACAGAAGUCUGCGGACCGCUGGAGGAGAUAGCCAAGGGCCACACGAUCCACGAAGAGUUCUAUACCUUUGUGGAGAGGAGCGUUGAGAUGGGAGGCAAGCCUUUCAGUGAGCUCAGCGUGGAAGAGGCCAGGGUUCAAGGGGAAGAAAUGACGAGGGUUUUCUCAGGGGAGGUAGACUUCGAUGGCGAGGUGCGAGAAAUCAUCAUCCCAUCUCCUUUCGCUAAAGAGGGAAUACCCACUACAAUCUACAAACCAUCCAACGUAUCGGAAAUUCCCACAAUCUGCGUCUAUUUCCACGGCGGCGGGUUCAUCCUCUUCAACCGGAAAUCGUACGAAACCUGCCUCAAAACGCUAGCUCGGGAUUCGGGAGUUAUCUUUCUUAACGUGGAGUACCGGUUGCUGGAUGAGGCGGAAACGCCCACGGCGCCAUUCGAUGACGCGGUGCACGUGACCAAGUGGGUGAUGGACAACCGAGAGGCGGUGGGCGGUCACCCGGAGAGUAAGGUCGGUGUGGGCGGAGACAGUGCCGGAGGUCAGCUGACCAUCACCGUGACCAAUGAGCUCCAAGGUCUAGAUUUUCAAAUUUUGAUCUACCCUAACUCGGAUCUAUCGUUUGAGCAGCCUUCAGUGCAGGAAUUCGCCAACUGCCCGGGUCUGAGUAUGAAGGACGUCCAGUGGUUUUGCAAGCACUCGAUCGACAGGAUACCCGGCAACGUCACCAACCCCAAGAUCAACGGCAUGGCCCGGACCAACACGGAGCUCUCGCCCCCCGCCCUGGUCCUGCUGGCUGACCUUGACCCCCUGAGAGACAGCGGCAUGGCCUACGCCGAGAAGCUGAGGGGCGCGGGCGUCAGCGUCAGGAUCGUCAUCAUCGAAGGGGUGCCGCACAUCUUCUUUGGGCUCCCGGGCGUCUUCAAGACAAAAUGCGAGGAGGCUUACGGUCACGUCGUUCAGUUUCUGAAAGAGCUCCAACAAAACUGACCAAUCAGAUAACGCCGUGUCAUUUUGACCGUGUACUUUUGACUCUUACCAAAUCAAAAAAAAUAUUUCACAUUUGUAUAAGAAUUAUUAAUGUAUUGUAUGUGUAUAAUUUAAUUGUAACAUUUUAGCUUUAUUAUAAUUGUAAAAUAAUGUAUUCAUUUUUAUGGAAGACUUUUAAAUUAAAUAAACAAAAGUUU